AUGCAUGUCAUUAUAGUUGGCGGGGGAAUCGGCGGACUCGCCGCCGCGACAGGACUCCGUCGUGCCGGCCACAAGGUCCAGAUCUUCGAACGCUCCUCGUUCCUCCGCGAAGUCGGUGCCGCGAUCCAUGUCCAGCCAAACGCCGCCCGGAUCCUCUUACACUGGGGGUUCGACCCUAGAAGAGCCCGCUUGGUGACAGCUCGUCGGACAAUGGUAAUACCAGGAACAUCGCUCACGUCGAAAGUCGGAGUAGAUUGCUCCCACUUUGCUGAAACCUACGGUGCACCAUGGUAUCUGGCUCAUCGGGUCGACCUGCACUCGGAACUGCGACGCUUGGCGACAACCCUGGACGCGCCGGGAAUGCCCGUGGAGAUCAUGCUGCGAUCUGAGGUUGUGAGCUUCGAUGCUGAGAAUGGGUCGGUCACUUUGUCUGAUGGGUCAAUUCAUCGGGCGGACCUUGUUGUCGCUGCAGAUGGUGUGCAUACUACCGCCAUUCACCAGGUCAUCGGCCAUGCCACGCCGGCUGUCUCUACGGGCUCCGCUGCGUUUCGGUUUCUGAUUCCGACGGAGGAGAUCCAGCAGGAUCCAGAAACGGCGAAGCUUCUGGAGGAUGGUGUGAUGAGGAUAUACGUUGCGGAAGGUGUGCGACGACUGAUCUGGUAUUCGUGCGCCGAUAACACCGUAGAGAAUUUCGUGGGCUUACAUAUGGAUGAUCGUAACGAUGGUCAAAAGGAAGACUGGGACUUGUCUGCAGAUGUCAACGACGUUCUGGCUCAGUACCACGACUUCCACCCAACGCUUCUCAAAAUCAUCAAAAAAGCAACAAGCAUCAAACGAUGGCCGCUUCUCUACCGCGAUCCCAUCCCAACCUGGACUCGCGGACGCCUUGUGCUAAUUGGCGAUGCAGCACACCCAAUGCUCCCUCACCAGGGUCAAGCCGGCGCCCAGGCGAUCGAGGACGCCGGUGCCUUGGGUGAGCUCUUCGCUAGCAUGCCGGAUCACCCGACACAAGACGAGAUCCGGACCCGUCUAGCGCUGUUUGAAAAGGUCCGUAUCAACCGUGCAUCCGUGAUACAAAUCUUCUCCAAUGCCGGACAGGACGAGGGCUGGAAGGUCAAGGAACGCGCGCAGCAGUACAUGCCGGAAGGCGCCAAGGUCCCUUCGUCCCCACCGGAGUUUAUGGAGCAUAAUGCGAUGUGCUGGAGGAUAGCCGGCGUCAGCUGA